CAGCGGGAUCCUUUUGUUGACUUGGGUGUAUUGGAUAAAUUCUGUUUUUAAAGUUUACACUAAUUCUCGAUCAUCUUUUGCCUUUGUUUGUCAUCUAGCGAGGAUUUCGCGCCAAAAGAGGAAUCUAAUCGUCCUCUUCUUCUGUACCUUCCUUCCAAGGAUAUAACGACGAAAACUUUUGAAAACCUCGCCAUCAGAAUCAGUUCUUUCUUUUAUCUUCUCUUUGAUUUCAUCUCAUCAUCGAUCUGGCAUUUUGCAAAGUUCCAUUCCCGUCCCAACUGGAUCGAAGCAGAGAUUCGGUGUCAUUCGUGUUUAUCCAAACACUUCCUUGAUUUUCUCAAACUCUUAAUCAUCUCCUCACCCUAUAUAUAACUAUAGAAUUAGAAAUUCUCUUUCAAUUCUUAUCUUUUAUCUCCAAUCUCUCCCUCUGUUUCUCUCUUCGAGAGUUGGCUUAGCUUUUCUCUUUCUCUAAUGGCUUCCACCGAUCAAACCAUACUCGUCACCGGAGGUGCUGGUUUUAUAGGCACUCACACUGUUGUUCAACUCCUUAAUCAAGGAUUCAGGGUCUCCGUAAUCGAUAAUCUCGACAAUUCUGUGGAAGAAGCAGUUCACAGGGUUAGGGAUUUGGUGGGUCCCAAUUUGUCGAAGAAACUCGAAUUCCAUUUGGGUGACCUAAGGAAUAAGGAGGAUUUAGAGAAGCUUUUCUCUCAAACAAAAUUUGAUGCUGUGAUACAUUUUGCUGGGUUGAAGGCCGUUGGGGAGAGUGUCGCUCAUCCUUUUCGUUACUUUGAUAACAACUUGAUUGGCACAAUUAAUCUAUAUGAAAUCAUGGCCAAAUAUGGCUGUAAACAGAUGGUCUUCUCAUCAUCUGCAACUGUAUAUGGCCAACCUGAAAAGAUUCCAUGCGUUGAGGACUUCAAUCUAGUGGCUAUGAAUCCAUAUGGGCGGACUAAGCUGUUUCUUGAAGAAAUUGCAAGAGAUAUUCAUAAGGCAGAUCCAGAGUGGAGAAUUAUAUUAUUAAGGUACUUCAAUCCUGUUGGAGCUCAUGAGAGCGGUAAACUUGGUGAAGAUCCAAAGGGCAUCCCAAAUAAUCUCAUGCCUUACAUCCAACAAGUAGCCGUUGGCAGGUUGCCUGAGCUGAAUGUAUAUGGUCAUGACUAUCCCACGAAAGAUGGUAGUGCAGUUAGGGAUUACAUCCAUGUCAUGGACUUGGCUGAUGGUCACAUAGCUGCCUUGCGGAAGCUUUUUACAACGGAAAAAAUAGGUUGUGUUGCUUACAACUUGGGAACUGGGCAAGGCACUUCUGUGCUUGAAAUGGUAACUGCAUUUGAGAAGGCAUCUGGCAAAAAAAUCCCCAUCAAAUUAUGCCCUAGGAGGCCAGGAGAUGCAACAGUGGUUUAUGCCUCUACAGAAAAGGCUGAAAGGGAACUUGGCUGGAAGGCCAAAUAUGGUGUAGAUGACAUGUGCAGAGAUCAAUGGAACUGGGCAAGAAAUAAUCCAUGGGGUUAUCAGUCCAAGCCUUGACUAGCAUACAUACAAAAUGCUGAGUCUUACCUGCUUGGAGAUCCAAAGAUCAAAGAAAUAUGAUGAAUUGCAUACUCUUUUGAUAAACCUUGGAGGUUUCCAUUGAAAAAUAAAUCUCACUAGUUUGCUUCCCCCACUCUCCCCCCCACCCCCCAACAACCCAAAAGAGUGAGAGAGAAAGAGAAAGAAUACUGUGCACUUUAGAUAUUAGAUUUAGAUGUUGAAAUUGUUUCUGUAAUUACUGACUAUUUUGAAAUGUAAUAGAACCACAUCAUAAUUUGAAUAACACGUGUUGAAAUUGUUUCUAUA